CGUUGGGCCUGUCCUGUGUCGGGGCGGCAGGAGGACGCACAACGCCUGUUUGAGUAAGACCAGGAUGGAAGAGUCAAAUGGGGACCUCCCCAUCCAGAGAGACGCCAUCCCAUCCGAGUUGUGCUGUGAUCACAUCACCGUAACAAACCUGCACUAAACUCGCUGGGCAUUUGGAAAACUGUGUUUGCAGCUGUUCCUGGGCCCACGUCAAAGACCUCAGCGGGGUGAUAGCUCGAAGAUGGGAGAUCAGGAUGGAGGUGAACCCUUUCUGGGGAUAGUGGCUGGUGGUGCCACAGACUACGACGGAGCUCUGCCCUCAGACACAGUGUCGCUCAGCGAUUCUGAUUCUGAUGAUUUGGGGUUAGCAGAUGAAGCGGAAGUUGAUACAAUAUCCCCUGAGGAGCCGUCUGUAGAUGAUGGGGACGACAGAUCAGGGGAGACCCCCGAAUCUUCAAACAGCAGUCACAGAUCUCCUGUCCAGCCGUUCCAUCUGAGGGGCAUGAGUUCUACGUUCUCUCUCCGUAGCCAGAGUAUUUUUGAUUGCCUGGAAGAGGCGGCGAAGUUGUCUGUGCCCUCAAUGCCUGACGAUAACGUUGUUGAUGGGAGGUUUAAGCGUCCUUUGCCUCCAGCCACAGUUUCAAGUAACAUGGUUCCAGAAAGCCUGGGAAAGCAAGCCAGACCAGUGCAGGCUCCCAAAACCUCUCCUGCAGUGCCUGACUACGUGGCACACCCAGAGCGCUGGACCAAAUACAGCCUAGAUGGGGUUUCAGAGUCUACUGACAAGACUAACAGGGCAGUGGCCAUGGAAUUUCUAGAGGGUUUGAAGAAAAGAGGGGAGGAACAAAUCUCAGCUACCCAAGAUAGCUACACCCCAUACUUCAACCAGGACCCUUCCAGCUGUGGAGCUGGCAGGAUUGUCUUCAGCAAACCAGUAAAAAGGGGUGUUGAUGGACUAGAAAAGAAAACAUCAGCAGGGGAGGAUGAUAAGAAACACAUGAAAAGAGAUCUGAAAGGAAAAUCUUUUAAGAAGGCUGAUGACUUGAGGGAGGAGGAUAAGGUAGAGCUGGGGCACUUAGAUAGUGGAAGUGGAAAGGCAACAGAGGAGGAGGAGUGCAUGAUGGCGGGGGACCUGAAUACAGAAGGUAAGCUUAGUGCAAGGUGUAGUGGUGCAGGUGAAGAGCCAUCGGUGGGAACAGUUGGAUUCCAUUGCAGUAAGAAGAAGAAUAGGAAAAAUUUCCGACCUAAAGUAGACGAUGAAGGGGAAGAGGAAGAGUCCUGAAGGAUGGAGCACACUGGAGACAUCCGACGACUUAUAUUGUCUUUGGAUAUGUUUGGGUUUUUCUCUGACUUUUUUUUUCUGGUCUGAAAACCAUGUGAUAGCUUUUUGUCUAACGGUUUACAUUGUAGCCACCAAGAACAUUGUAUAUUGUUUGAAAAGAAGCUACCUAAAAUACACUCCAGACUUUUUGCUCAUGAGAAGUCUGCGUGCAUAGGAUAGUUGCACCCUAGCAGGAGAGAAUAAAGUGUGCUUUGUUUGCUCGAGCAGCUCCCUGGGGCUUGCUCUGGAGCUGAAGUAGCCCUGAGCUCCAAAGAUGUGUUAGCUAAAAGGCUGCAAGGCUUCCUACUAACCCCCACAUUUAGAGCUGUUCCCAAAUCUUGUAGAUUCCUGGAACAGAGAUGAUGAGCUCAUCAGGUAGAGAUUUUUAAACAAAAUAAAACAGUCUUCCACUAGAUGGGAUUUUCUCCUGGUCCAGGUCUUCAGGGAGGAAACCCUUUAUUUUUUUUACCUUUUUGGGUUUUUUUUAAUACAUCCUUCUCAUUUUCAUUGAGAGUGAAAGCAUAACAGUGCCCAAUCGUGACGUUGGAGGGCCCAGGUGGGGACUGGCAAAACCGAUGGUUUUUUAAGGCUGGCUUAAUAUUUACCUUAUUUAGCAUUACAUGAUAAAGAUUUUAAAAAACACAUUUCUGUGGAGAGGUACAACUCUGGGUACCUCCUGGUAAAGACAUGCUCAGGAUGGUUUCAGCAAAGUCUCACCAUGUUGAGUGUAGAUCCAAAUUGGCAGUGGCUUCAACUGUUACGUUGCGCGGCAGCUUUUCGUCUUACUGGUGUGAUAUGUGAUGAUUCCUGGCCUGCACAUUUCUGUGUCCUUUCCAGGCAGCGCUACUCCCACAUUGAUUCUGUGCAUGGGUUUGGUGGGAGUGAGGUCUUUAUACCAGAACUGGAUGCUCUUUUGUUAUUUGGGAUACAAUAAACUUUCAGUUGUAGCUUGA